AUGGAUUCCCGUUGGGACCAAUACUACGGCAUCGUCAGGAAAGUGUCAUCGUUGGCCGGCCAGUGGCCCUACCAGCGACGAAGAGUGAAGAUUCUCGGCUUGAUUAUAGUGACUCUAGUCACACUUUCUCUGAUCGUCCCGCAAAUAGCGAAGCUCGUUGAAUGCGACGGACACCUGCCGUGUAUUUUCCCGACCUUCGCGUCCUACCUGUUGUCGAGUAUCGCCUUGGUGAAGCUGUACACGUGCCACUUGAGCAGUCACAAAAUUAGAGGUCUCACCGAUCAAUUGUUCGUCGAUUGGGACCUGCUGAGGUCUCCGGAAGAGCACGAAAUCAUGAAGAAAUAUGCCGAGAACGGCAGACGGUACUCCCUGGGAUACUCGCUGUAUUGCUUCAUAUCGCUGUAUAUGUUCUUGUCGAUGGCGCUCAUACCGCAAUUCCUGGACGCCGUGUUACCCCUCAACGAAACUCGCCCCCUUAUACUUACGUAUCCGGCGUACUACUUCGUCGACGACAGGAAAUACUUUUACUACAUUUUCUGGCACGCUGUCGUGGCCUGGGAGGUCGCAAUGAUCGGGAUAGUCGCCCACGACUGCAUGCUCGUGACUUACGUCGAGCACGUCUGCGGCAUUUUCGCGAUAGUAGGUUUUGCCCAGCUGCUUGAGGACACCUUCUCGUUAACCCUGGCGAUACAGAUAGUGAUGAUUACGGUGAUGGUUAGCAUUACCUUGAUACAAAUUACGCUAGAACUCAGCGACCUGAUAGAAGCGGUGAGAUAUAUCGUCUACGUGCUCGCUCAACUGAUCCACCUAUUCUGCCUCAGCUUCGAAGGGCAAAAGCUGAUAGAUCACAGUCUUCAGACGCGCGAGAAGAUUUAUAACAUCCCUUGGUACGAGAUACCUGUGAAGUCGCAGAGGAUGCUUCUGUUCGUGUUGAAGAAGAGUAUUUAUCCCACCUUCAUGAGCGCCGGCAAGAUUUACAUCUUCUCGAUGGAAAACUUCACCACGAUUCUACAAACGUCGAUGUCAUACUUCACGGUACUUGCAUCUCUGGAAUGA